ACUACUGUUUGAUAGAGAAAAGAGAUAAUGAAAGAGGUUACAUUAACUACACUACAAAAUCCAUUCAGUACACCUCGUUACUCUGCCAUACUCCAAACUAAAAGAAAAACAUAUCUUCCCACUUCAAUUCUCCUUCCAUUUCUCAAUAAUCAAUCUCUCCCGACUAAUUCUCAGCUUCUCCUCUACCACAGAAACCCUAAUUUCAAGUUUGUUGCAAGAGUGAUUUCCGGUAAGGGAGUGGAGACUGGUUUGUAUUCUUCAUCAAUGGAAGCUGGUGGUGAUGAUGAUGAUGAAGAGGAAGAGGAUUCUGAAUUACCAGUAGAGCUUAGUUAUACAAGAACAUUACCUCCAGCUUUGACAUUUGAACAUGGAAUUAAGAAGAUUAAAGUUGAAAUCGAUAAAUUGAAAUUGAACUCACCUACUUCUAGAAGCGGCAUUUUGCGGUUUCAGGUUGCAGUCCCACCAAGCACAAAGGCUUGCAAUUGGUUGUGCAAUCAACCUCAGACACCAGAAGUGUUUCCACAGUUUUAUCUUUCUAAGAUGGAUGUGGAUAAAGAAGGUGUUGACUUGCAUUUACCUAAUGGAUUGCUUGGAGUUUCCGGAGUCGGUGCUGCUGCUCAAUUUACGUGUAAAACAACUGAUGCCUCCAAAGAACGAAGUUCGAUAAAAAGGUACCUUUCAGUUGCUUCACCCUUGAUUAAAGCUUAUGGAUUCGUUGGCAUACAUUUCGACACAGAAUCAUAUAAAAUGAGGCGUGAGAAUGGUUCGUCUUAUUAUUUCAUCCCUCAGCUUGAGCUGGAUGAAUAUGGCAGUACUUCACUCUUAGCAGCAACACUGGCCUGGGAUUAUUCUUCACCUCGUUCCUUCAACGAAGCCAUGAGGUCUUUGGAGCUAUCUCUUGACCAGGUGGUCAGUGGUUUAUCAAUUUCAGAUGAGAACUGCCAGAACAAGUUUGUUAGCUCUGAUCUCACUCAGGCUAAUCUGGUGGAUGACAAAAUGGUACGUGUAAAUGUUAAUUCGCUAGUUGAAGAGGUUACUGCUGCUAACCGUUUGCAACUGGAAAGGGCUCAAAGUUCUUCUCAGUUUUAUUUCAGGCUCUCACCAACCAUCGAAUUUACUGGUAACAUGUUGGAUCGUCCUGGUGAAAGGAGUUACUCAUUGCAAAAGUCUGCCAACAUCAAUGCUGUGUGGGCAACACUUAUUAUUGAGGAAUGCUGUAGACUUGGUUUGACGUAUUUUUGCAUUGCUCCAGGAUCAAGAUCGUCUCCACUUGCAGUUGCUGCAUCUACUCACCCCCUCACAACUUGUAUUUCAUGCUAUGAUGAACGCUCACUUGCUUUUCAUGCUCUUGGCUAUGCAAAAGGGUCUACCAAACCAGCAGUAGUAAUAACGUCAUCAGGCACUGCAGUCUCCAAUCUUUUUCCAGCAGUUGUGGAGGCUAGUCAAAAUUUUGUGCCACUUUUAUUGCUCACAGCAGAUCGUCCUCCAGAGCUGCUGGAUGCUGGAGCAAACCAAGCCAUCAAUCAGGUCAACCAUUUCGGUUCAUUUGUGAGAUAUUUCUUCAACCUACCUCCUCCAACUGAUGAUAUUCCUGCACGAAUGGUUCUUACAACUCUUGACUCUGCUGUUCACUGGGCAACCCAUGCACCAUAUGGUCCUGUUCAUAUUAACUGUGCUUUCAGAGAGCCAUUAGAAAAUACUCCAAAACAAUGGAGGUUGAGCUGCUUGCAAGGAUUAGACCUUUGGAAAUCAAGUACUGAACCAUUCACUAAAUACAUAGAGAUGCAUCAUUCAUGUAUACAAAUGGAUGAGGUUGUAAACUUGAUUCAAUGCGCUAACAAAGGGCUGCUCAUAAUAGGGGCCCUUCAAACAGAGAAUGAGAUGUGGGAAGCUCUUCUCUUGGCUAAACACCUCUCCUGGCCUAUCGUAGCUGACAUCUUGUCGGGUCUACGAUUUAGAAAAGUUUUGACUUCAUUUCCUGAAAUUGAUGAAAAGCUACUUUUUAUAGAUCAUCUUGAUCAUGCUCUUCUCUCAGAUUCAGUCAGAAGCUGGGCACAUGCAGAUAUGAUAAUUCAGAUUGGUAGCAGGAUAACGAGCAAAUGCAUAAGUAAGAUGAUAGAGGUCUGUGCUCCAUGUCCAUACAUUGUGGUUGACAAGCAUCCUUUUCGUCACGAUCCUUCUCAUAUUGUAACUCAUAGGAUUCAAAGUUCGAUAAGUGCAUUUGCUGAUUGUUUACUGAAUGUUGACAUUCCAAGGAUGAUGACCAGCAAAUGGAGGGAUUGUCUGCAAGCUUUGAAUACAAUGGUUGCUCGGGAAAUUGAAUUCCAAAUACGUUCUGAAUGCUCACUGACUGAACCUCAUGUUGCACGCAUAAUUUCGGAAGCACUUCCAAGUGAUGCUGCAUUGUUUAUCGGGAACAGCAUGGUAGUUCGUGAUGCAGAGAUGUAUGGGUGUGGUUGGACGAAACCUGCAAUUGAUGUUGAAACUGUUAGGUCAGAUUGGGAGUUACCAUGCCUCGGGAUACAAGUGGCUGGGAAUAGGGGAGCAAGUGGUAUUGAUGGAUUACUUAGUACAGCUGUUGGUUUUGCAGCGGGAUGCAAUAAGCGAGUGUUUUGCGUUGUUGGGGACAUUUCUUUCCUUUAUGAUACAAAUGGAUUGGCAAUUUUGAAUCAUAAGUCAAGGAGAAAACCUAUGACGAUUGUUGUGACAAACAAUCAUGGCGGAGCAAUUUUCAGUCUUCUUCCGAUUGCAAAUGUAACUGAACCAAGUGUACUAAACCAGUUCUUCUACACCUCCCAUAACACGUCCAUUGGCAAGCUGUGUGAAGCUCAUAGCGUGAGGCAUUUACAAGUGCGAACAAAAAUGGAACUCCGAGAAGCUUUAAUGAUAGCAGAGCAGGAACAGACCGACUGCUUAAUAGAAGUUGAAAGCAACAUCGAAGACAAUGCUAAGUUUCACAGAACCUUGAGUGAAUAUGCUUGUCAAGUAGCAGAUCAUACCUUCCAUAACCUAUCAAGACUUUCAUCUUUGGAUCAUAUAUCGAGUGGGUUCUUCCUUUGUAGGAUCCACCAAAUGGAUUAUUCAUUGUAUAGGAUUCAACUCUCUGCUCCACCUACUUCUACUCCACUCAGCGAUAAGGCCUCUGUAUUUCAUAGAGAAGGGUUCCUUAUAUCUUUGUAUCUUGAUGAUGGAACUGCAGGUUUUGGUGAGAUUGCCCCUCUUGAGAUCCACAAGGAAAGUAUGUUAGAUGUGGAGGAGCAACUACGGUUUCUUCUACACACGAUCAAAGGAGUUAAGAUUAGUUAUCUCCUUCCUUUGCUCAACGGGUCAUUCUCUUCCUGGAUUUGGGAACAAUUUGGUAUUCCGCCAACCUCAAUAUCACCAAGUGUUAGAUGUGGUUUGGAGAUGGCAAUCCUCAAUGCAAUAGCAGCAAGAGAAGGUUGUAGUUUUUCAGACUUGCUGCUCAGUCAUGAAUCUGCAACUCCCAAGUCAAAAUUACUUGAAACAGAAACCACGGUUAAUAGGAUGCCAAGAAUACAUAUAUGUGCCCUUCUAGAUUCUAAUGGGACGCCUGAGGAGGUGGCUCAUAUUGCCGGGAAACUAGUUGAAGAAGGGUUUACCGCUAUAAAGCUGAAGGUUGCACGCAGAGGAAAUCCCUUGGAGGAUGGUGCUGUUAUCCAAGAAGUGAGGAAAAGGGUUGGGGACCAGAUCAAACUACGUGUAGAUGCUAACCGAAAAUGGACGUAUGAAGAAGCGUGUCAGUUUGCAGCUACUGUGAAGUUUUGUGACCUGCAGUAUAUUGAGGAACCUGUGCAACUGGAAGAUGAUAUUAUCAAAUUUUGUGAAGAAAGUAGUUUGCCUGUAGCGAUAGAUGAAUCUGUUGACAACAUCCAAGGAGAUCUUCUCACUGGGCUUGAAAAAUUCACACACAGAGGAAUAGUUGCUGUAGUUAUUAAACCAAGUGUCGUUGGUGGAUUUGAAUAUGCAGCAUUGAUUGCUAAGUGGGCUCAGCAGCAGAAUAAGAUGGCUGUUGUCAGUGCUGCAUUUGAGAGCAGCCUCAGUUUAUCUACAUAUGCUCAGUUUUCACAUUAUCUUGAAGUCCAAAAUAUGGAAAUAUGCAGAGUGAAGAAGAAUAAGGAACUACAUGAACCUAUAGCCCAUGGCCUUGGAACAUAUAAAUGGCUCAAGGAAGAUGUUACCAGUGAACCGCUAAAGAUUCUUGGUCGUCCUUAUAGUGACACAGUAGCUGCAUCACUGAAAGAUUCUGCAAUUGCACUCCAAAAGUUCAAAAUCGAUCCUAAAAUCGUUCAGCGUAGUUAUAGUAGGGAGCAAGUUAAAACAUAUGAACUAAAGGUGGAUCACGAGAAUUACAGUUGUUCUUUCAAAGUUCAUGAGACUGGAAUAGAAACAAAUAACAAUGUACUUGUCUUUCUGCAUGGAUUUCUAGGAACUAGUGGAGACUGGAUUUCCAUUAUGAAACCAUUUUCAUCAACUGCAAGAUGCAUUUCAAUCGACUUACCAGGCCACGGGGGAUCAAAGGUUCAUAAUCACGGCAACAAUAAGGCAAAUCAAGACUCACUCAUAUCAACUGAAGUAAUUUCAAAUCUAUUGUCCAAGCUAAUUCACAAGUUGACCAAUACUAGAGUGGUUAUUAUCGGAUAUUCAAUGGGAGCAAGGAUUGCAUUACAAAUGGCGCUGAGAUGCAAUAAUCAGAUCAAUGGAGCUGUUAUAAUAUCGGGAAGUCCUGGAAUAAAGGAUGAUGAAAGAAGGCGAAGCAGAAGGGCUCAGGAUGAUGCAAAGGCCCGAUUCCUCACAGAACAUGGUUUGCAGUUCUUCUUGGAAACCUGGUACACUGGGGCGUUGUGGAAGAGCUUAAGAGACCAUCCAAACUUUAAGCAAAUCAUAUCCAGCCGUAUGCAGCAUGAUGAUGUUCACUCUCUAGCAACAUCUCUAUCCGAUUUAAGCACUGGGAGGCAACCCUCCUUGUGGGAAGAGUUAAAGCACUGCAAGAAACCGCUGUUGUUUGUUGUUGGAGAAAAGGAUAAAAAGUUCAAGAAAAUUGCUCAAGAGAUGUGCCACGAAAUUAGCCUAAUUCCAGAUAACAACAGCAAAGAAACUCCACAAAUGGUCGAGGUUCCUGAUUGUGGUCAUGCUGUUCAUCUCGAGAAUCCCCUUCCUCUUAUCAGCGCGAUAAGCCAGUUUUGGAGAAAACUGGAUUAGCUGAAACUGAUCUCUUCUAAUGGAAAUGCUGCUUUCUGUAAACGCAGGAUUUCCAGGUAAACAAUAAUUCUGCACAUACACUUGAGGACCCAAAAGGUAAGCUCGACCAGAUCAAAGUGCAUCAUAGUACACCGAUUUAUUACAAGCUCAGGAGGUUUAUACCUCGAGUCUCACUUUGAGAAUAAGCAGUUCUGUUAAGCUUCCAGGCUGCCUACCUGCUGUUUGUUAUGCUCAUCUUUUAUGUAAUAAAUUCUUGAAAAUGAUCAAUAAAAUAAAUGGAAGAGUUUCAAAUCA